UUACAGUGUAGCCUGUAGUAGAUAGGAACCACCACCACCCAACCCGACACCUGACGGAAACGAUUCGCCGGAGCCUCUUCAUGGCGCAACUAAUACGACCAAUACGGCAACUCUCGCCUCAUUAUCACCACCAUUUUCGCAACCUCCGCCACUUAUUAUCCAAAAAGCUUCCCCUAAACCCACCUUCUUCAACCCCUUCUCUCCUUCUCCUCCUCUCACCUUCUUUCUCCACCGCAAGAUCUCCACCUCGUCGGCGAAUUCGCCGUCCCGCUCCACCUGAAGCUCUCGCUCCUACAACUCUCGUCGCCGAAGACGGUGGUGAAAGCGAUGAGUCUGAAUCCGAGUCGUCGAGGAGUAGAAACCAGCGGAAGCGUGACGCUCGCCGCGCUGUUAAGUGGGGUAUGGAGUUAGCUUCCUUCUCUAGUGAUCAGAUUAAGAGGGUUAUGAGAGCGGCUUCGCUUGGCGAAGAGGUUUACGAUGCGUUGAUGCUUGCUAAGAAACUAGGCGCUGAUGUUAGAGAAGGGAAGCGUAGACAUUUUAACUAUAUUGGGAAGUUGUUGCGUGAAGUUGAACCUGAUUUGAUGGAUACUCUGAUUAACGCUACCAAUCAGGGUGAUCUCAAAAGGAUUCAGGCGCUGAUUGAUUCGGCAAAGGAUGGUGCGGAAGAUGCUGGAGUUGGUGAUUUUGAUGAUUCGGAAACAGAGUCGGAAGAUGAAGGAGAGAGCUCAGAGGAGUAUAUGGCUAUAGCUGCGAGAUGGUUUGAUGGCCUGGUCAGUCAAAAUGUGGAACUCACAAAAGAAGUUUAUUCUCUUCAGAGUGUUGAUUUCGAUAGACAGGAACUGCGUAAACUUGUUCGGAAAGUACAGUUGGUUCAUGAGCAGAGGAAAGAAGCAACCCCGGAGAAGCAAAAAGAAGUAGAUGCAGCAUUGGUGAUGGCUGAAAAGUCUCUGAAUCGUUUUCUUCAUUCCAUGGCGAAACAAAUGCAGAGUGAGGAGAGCGAGUUGUUCUUAUGAGUAAAAAAAAAAACAUAUUUGUUGAUCAAUGUAUACCGAUUAAACCGAAUCCAAACCGAAACGAUCGAAUUUUUUGUUCGGUUUGCUUGAUUUGGUUAAACUGCCAAGACUAACUUUAGCUUAUCAGUUAUCAUGAUCUUCUUUUCUCCUUUUUGUACUUUUUUUGUUUUCUUUCUUUUUACAGCACACGUUUUUGCGUUUCUUGUCAUCUAUCCAUCAAUGUUAUCCUAAUAGGACACAUCAUUUGUCAUCAAAAACC